AUGAAGGUCGUAAUAUUUGGAUCCACCGGCAUGACCGGUGUUUGCGCUGUUGAAGCAGCUCUAAAAAAAGGAUAUGAAGUCCGAGCUUUCGCACGCGACCCGUCAAAGCUUCCCGAGGACUUGAGAUCAAAAGUGGAAGUUAUCAAAGGCGAUGUCUUGGAAGCUGACUCCGUAACUAACGCCAUUGAAGGCACAGAUGGUGUGGUCAUUGCCUUAGGUACCCGGGGUAUUCUAGAGCCGACUUCAGAUAUGUCAGAGGGCACGAAAAAUAUCAUCGACGCUAUGAGAGCGAAACGCGUGAAGGUGGUAUCUGCUUGCAUUUCCGCUUUCCUGUUUUAUGAAGCAGACAAAGUCCCGGAGAGAUUUAUUUCGAUCACCAAGGACCACAAGAGAAUGUUCGAGGAGCUUAAGGGAUCUGGAUUAGACUGGAUCGCGGUCUUCUCGCCUCAUAUUUCUGAUGACCCAAGCCGGGAUAUCAUCGUUGAAGUCAACCCCGAGAAGUCGCCUGGACGCGCCGUCUCCAAACACGAUUUGGGAAGAUUUCUUAUAGACUCUUUAACCGAAUCCAAAUAUUAUGAGACGGUUAUUGGUCUGUGCAAUGUACCUAAAGCAUAA